CAGAUCACCGUGGCUCGCUCCCCCAGCAUGUUUCAGAAAUGUGUUAAGCUGUUCUACAGGCACAAUGGCUGUAACGAACUCGGAUCAUCUCUGGGGAUCUGGACGUGUGAUAUCCUUCGAAUUACGGAGCAGUUGUUACUGAAUUGGCAAUAACUACUGUAUUCAACUAAAUAAGAAUAAGUAUCGUCUGGGCUAUCGCAUCAGCUGGCGCGCGGCUUUAUUUGUUUCUGCGUGGCGAAUGUUAGCUAGCAAACGAAGCAGCACAGUGUCAAGCUAGCGAGUCAAGAUUGUGACAUUUGAGCUAAUCUAGCUAGCUAACAACUAGGUUGUUUCUAGCUUGGUACUCAUAGUGUAGUGGGAGCUGGUGUGUAGGUGAUGUUCUCCGUACUUUCGUACGGUAGACUGGUUGCCAGAGCAGUCAUUGGCGGACUCUCUCAAACAGAUAGCCGCGACUACAGCCUGGUAACAGCAAGCUGCGGGUUUGGGAAGGAUUUUCGGAAGGGUAUCUUGAAGAAAGGGAUGUGCUACGGCGACGACGCUUGCUUCAUUGCCCAACAUAAAUCUGCCGAUGUUUUGGGUGUGGCAGAUGGAGUGGGUGGUUGGAGAGACUACGGGGUGGACCCAUCACAGUUUUCAGGGACCCUGAUGAAGACGUGUGAGCGGCUGGUAAAGGAGGGACGCUUCGUUCCAAGCAACCCUGUGGGCAUCCUCACUACCAGCUACUACGAGCUCCUACAGAACAAAGUGCCUCUGCUAGGCAGCAGCACGGCCUGUAUCGUGGUGCUGGACCGGCAGAGCCAUCGGCUGCACACUGCUAACUUGGGAGACUCGGGCUUCCUGGUGGUGCGGGAAGGAGAGGUGGUGCACCGCUCUGACGAACAGCAGCACUACUUCAACACCCCCUUCCAGCUCUCCAUCGCCCCACCUGAAGCGGAGGGGGCCGUCCUCAGUGACAGUCCUGACGCUGCAGACAGCUCCACCUUUGAUGUCCAGUUGGGGGACAUCAUUCUCACAGCCACAGACGGCCUCUUCGACAACAUGCCCGACUACAUGAUCCUACAGGAGCUGAAAAAACUCAAGAACACCAACUAUGAGAGUAUCCAGCAGACAGCCAGGAGCAUUGCAGAGCAGGCCCAUGUUCUGGCAUAUGACCCCAACUACAUGUCGCCUUUUGCGCAGUUUGCUUGUGACAAUGGACUGAAUGUAAGAGGAGGAAAGCCAGAUGACAUCACCGUGUUGCUGUCAAUAGUGGCAGAGUACACAGACUAGAAACUGUAUUGAGGCUAGGAGGGGAAUUAGGAGAGUUUCCUCUUGCCAUCUGUCUCUUGACGAUGUCAGACUGCUUUGAUUCCUGCUGGCGGGGAUUAAAAUUAAAUUAGGGACUAAUGUUGGUGGCUGACUGAGCCCACCUUUGGCCCCCCUGAGAUAAUCAUUCCUCCAGGACUCAAUCAGGCCUAUUUCUCAGAUGGAACACUGACAAUACAUGCACUGACGUCACCACCAUCAGAACUGAGUGAUAAUCUUUAAUAGUCUGAAGACAUGGAUAAAUAAAGCAGAGGGUUAAAUUCUAACACGUCUCUGGUUAGGCUACCUGCUGCAAAGUAUCUAGCUGGGAAAUGUUCCAGUUGUCAUUGACCUAAUCCCUGUUCAGUGGGAUGAAGGACAUCAGCAUGUUGGAGAUGAGACUCUGGCUCUCACAUGAGAGGGAUAAGUCUGUUUUCAGGUUUGGGCUUGGAGCAAACUCAGGAUGGAGAGAUUUAAAAAAAAAAAAAAAAAAAAAAAGCCAGUCAAAAGUGAUUGAGAGUCAGAAUUGAAAAUCUGUGGAUCAUGCCAAUGAGUGUUAAUCACAGGAACUGAGCUGAUUCAAGACGGGAAGUAGCAUCAUACCAUCAAGUCAAAACUAUAGGGCCACGAAAACGUCACUUUUUCAGGAACUCACAUUACACACAAAAACAAACAAUUAAAAGACGUUGAAGGGCAAAAAAAUGUAUGCGGGCAUAAGGGCAUGCAUCAUUGUGAUAUUAAAGGAUGUUAGAAUGUUUUGGUAGAUCUUUGGGAAAGGGACUGUGUGGUAUUUUAAGUUGUUUGACUGAUCUAAAGGUGCAGUUGCCAUAUACUUUUCCAUAUCAGUACAAUUUGGGUCAAACACAGACCAAAUUAAUAAUUUCUAAGGACGUGAAAUGUUAAAAUAAUGUUUCUGUCAAACCUGUCCUCACCCAUGCUGCGAUGCAAAGAGUGUGACUGAAAGUGAUGUGGAAGGUUAUGUGUGAUAGAGUAACCUCUAGUCUGUCACAUGACAGAUAUUCAUAUUGUAUACAUGCGGAAUGGAUGGGUUUUAUGUAGGCUACACCGCUUUAUUCAAUAUCCACUGGGAUGCAAUAGUAACAACCAUUUACGCACAAGGUUAAAGAAAGCAUAUCUGAAAGCUCACAGUGGAUGUCGGUCAAGUGACCAAGCAUAUAUAUUUUUUUUAAACUUUGGUUUGAUGGGGUGGGAAUCUGGACUGAUCAGUUUUAGUUUAGCUUCAGGAAUAAUUGUUCACAAUCAGAAUUUCUCAGUUGUCCCUGCUGUAAAGCUCCAAUGGCACAUUUGAUUAAGUCUUAUUAAUCAGGUCACUUAUGUUAUUUAAUAUAACUGGUUUUCAUUUUCUUUCACAGCUGAUGUUAACUUUAUUUAAUUUCUUUUUUUUGCUGCAGUCAAACGUGCACUUUGCAUUUACAACAUAACUCACGUGCAGCAACAUUUUAAGAGUAACAUUUUCAUUUUUAAAGGAAGAUUCAACCCAAAAACAAUAUUUCAUUAGUCAAUUGUUUAAAUAGUCCCCAAAUGUUUUGCUUGUCAGCAAUCAAGUUUUCAAGAUAUGUAACUUUCAAAAUACAGAAAUCAUCACCGUAUGAUGCAUUUUGCACCACAUGAUGCAAAACGCAGAUUCAUAUGAUGCAAAAUGCAUCAUACCAGGACAAUUUCUGUAUUUUGAAAAUGUUGGACUAUUUAAACAAUUGACUAAUGAAACAAAUACCAAAAUAUAGUUUUUGGGUGAGGUUUCCUUUAACAUGUACUAUGUACAUGUUGAUUUAUGGAGCUGAUGUGCCUUGUAUCAGAUGUUAUUGAUACUGGCAAAAUUGUCAAACAUAUUGUUCCCUAAACCCCACACUGUGUGUCAGCUAUGGAGACGGACAAGUAGCCAUAUGAUUCACACUUGCCCUGCUGUCUUAAUUCUUAAUCUGCGCCAUCAGAUGGGAGACCUCUCGUUCCCUUUCAAUGUGUUCAAUGCCUUUCACCAUGGGACACAUUCAAAUUUGAAUGGUCAAGCUAUUUAUUUUUAAAAGGUUGAAAAAGCAUGACAAAUGAUCUUAAAAUCCUUAAAGGCCCAAUGCAGCUGUUUUAUAUCAAUAUCAAAUUACUUGGUAACAAUUAAGUACCUUACUGUAAUAGAGUUCCAUAAAAAUUGGCAAAAAUUUGCAUUUUAGAAAACUAGCUGUCAUUGGCAGAGAGGUUUGGAACUCUUUGUUAUUGGUCUAUUAACCAAUUUACCACAUGGUGAUUUUACCAUGGAAAGCCCAAACUCCUGCACAUGCAAACCUGCUGAUUAGAAGGUCCUGUGCAGAUUGUAUUUUCAACCAGCACCUAUCAGGAAAUGACAAAAACAAAUGUCAUACUUUUACAGUGUUAGUUUCAUCAGCUGUGAUAUUAUAUAAUACACAGGAAAAACACAAUGUUGACUGUACUGGGCCUUUAACAAUGUCCUGUGUAUCAUCUGUAGUACCCCUUGGUUUUCUUUUUGUUGAUGUUAUGGUGCUCCCUCACUGCAGGCUACUGUCCUGCUUCAAGGGCUCUCCCCUAACUAGGAAAAUAAUAUCUAUGCCGGUACUGACUGAUGUAGGGCUAUUAGGUGUUUUAUGACAUAAAAAAACCUUAAGAACUUAAUACCCUGCAUACAUUUUCUUACUGCGCUGGGAGUUGAAAGGCACCUGCACUGGAUGGGCCAAAUGUUUUUGCAAAGAUUAUGGCACUGUAGAGGUUGCCAAGAACCUCACCAGCCUUAAAAUACAAGCAAUUCUCCCUGUCAGAUGGCACUAUAUCAAAGCUAGCUUCUCCAUGAUGUCCAUAUCCUGCUCCCCACUGACCUAGUGACCUGACCUGCCAGUACCCCUGUUCUGUUGGCCAGUUCAAAAAGAAAAGUUUGUUACAAUGAGAGCUGCAUGUAUCUAUAUUUUGUAUGUACAGUUCAACAAUGCAGAGACCAGUUUCUGUUAAACAUGUUUUCAAAGCUGUAAAAUAUUUAAAUAAAGUAUAGUAUUUAUUA